GCGAGAGGGAAAAAAAAAAAGGGCCGCGGCGGCGCAGCGCCGAGCCGAGCGGAGCCGCGCCGAGCGGCGGGAGCGGAGGGGCGGCCGCGGGGCCGCCACCGCCACCAGGGAGGACCCGCCGUGGUGCUGCUCCAAAAUGCACAGGACCACCAGGAUAAAGAUCACCGAGCUGAACCCCCACCUGAUGUGCGCCCUGUGCGGCGGCUACUUCAUCGACGCCACCACCAUCGUGGAGUGUCUGCACUCCUUCUGCAAAACCUGCAUCGUCCGCUACCUGGAGACCAACAAGUACUGCCCCAUGUGUGAUGUCCAAGUGCACAAAACCAGGCCCCUCCUCAGCAUCAGGUCGGACAAAACCCUUCAGGACAUUGUGUACAAACUGGUCCCGGGGCUUUUCAAAGAUGAGAUGAAGAGGCGCCGCGAUUUCUACGCCGCGUAUCCCGUGGCCGAGGUUCCCAACGGGUCCAACGAGGAUCGUGGCGAGGUGUCCGAGCAGGACAAGGGGAACCUGACGGAUGAUGAGAUCGUCAGCCUGUCCAUCGAGUUCUACGAGGGCUCCAGAGAGGAGAAGAAAGGGACCAUCGAGAACGGGGACCUGGAGAAGGAGAAGAGCAACGGGCUGCGGUUCCUGCGCUGUCCCGCUGCCAUGACCGUCAUGCACCUGGCCAAGUUCCUGCACAACAAGAUGGAUGUUCCCAGCAAGUACAAGGUGGAAGUCCUGUAUGAAGAUGAGCCCCUGAAGGAAUAUUACACCCUGAUGGACAUCGCCUACAUCUACCCCUGGAGGAGGAACGGCCCCCUGCCUCUGAAAUACCGCGUCCAACCCGCCUGCAAGCGGCUCAAGCUGUCCCACCCGGCCCCCUCCGAGGGCACCAACACCAGCGGCGCCUCCGAGUGCGAGUCGGGCAGCGACAAAGCCCACAGCCCCGCCACGCUCCCCGCCACCUCCUCCUCCCUGCCCAGCCCUGGCACCCCGUCCCACGGCUCCCCCAGCUCCGGCACCGGCACCACCCUCAACGGCACCUCGAACUGCCACCCCCUGGCACCCAGCGGCGCCCGGUGCCGCAAAACGACUGUGAACGGCAGCGCGGGCUCAGCCUUGACCUAAAACCCCGCCCCAGCAGGGACUGCCCGGCCGGCUUUUUCUAUGUGGAUGUUCUAUACAGACCUAUAUAAAUAUAUACGUGUACAUAGGGAGAAAAGAAAUAAUUAUACAUACUUAAUUUUUCUAUCGAUUCAGCAGAUUAAUUUAAAGUGCAAAAAUAAGACACAGAAACGUGGGUGGGUAUUUUUUAAAUGUGGGUUGUUUUUUUUUUUUUUUGGAGGGGGGGGUUGUGUUGGUUUUUGUUCGUUUGUUUGUUUGUUUGUUUGCUCGUUUGUUUGUUUCUCUGGUUUGGUUUUUGGAGUUUGGUUUGCCUCACGGGAGCUGCAUGCCGGAGCUGGGAGCCACGCAGGUGCUGCCACAUUCCCUGUUUUUUCUAACGCUUUUCCCUCUCCUCCUCAAUCCCUCUCCGCUCGUGUCCCCCCUGGAACGAGACAGGGCUGUGAGUGGGGACUCCUGGCUGCACAGGUAAGGGCCAAGCACAGGUAAGGGCCAAGCACAGAAGCCAAAAACUGCCCCUCAGCCUCGCUGUGCUGUGGGUUUUUUGGUUUUUUUUUUUUUUGCAUUUUUGUGUUUAUUUGGGGGUUUUUAGGCACACCUGCAGCUGUCCAGGUGUCCCAUCACCUCCAGCUUUGCCAGGCGUGGGUUUGGGUCUUUCUUUGCUUUCCCUGUGGAUGCUGUUUCAGGCUCUGGGCAGGCCAAGCCUUGCACAGACACUUCCCCUUCUGCACAGUAAGUUCUCUUUUGUUUUGUUUUUUUUUUCCAGCUUAAAAAUUAUCUCUUGCUUGCAGCUUGGUGGCACUGGGGGGGUUGGAGGACAACCCUCUGGAAUAUUUUCUCCUCCCUGGGGUGCCGACAGCUCCGGGCCCUGGUGGGAAAUUUGGGGGCAUCCAAAUGGUUGGGGGUUUCAAAUCCAGGAGGGUGAGGGACUCUCCCCCCCUCCCCAAGGGCGCCCAUUUCCCAGCGUUUAUUUUUGGUCUCCCCCCUCCCCACCGUCCUUCCCACCCUCUCCUCCUGCCCUCACAUUGGGGUUUUAAUAAAAUAAAAUACAAAAAAAGCAGACUACAGUGCCUUUAGCCAGGAGGCUUCGGUGAGGGGCGAGUGUGGGAAGGCGCUGCCCUGCUUAGGGCGGGAGUGGAGCGGCUCCGAGGGAAGGGACCAACUUUCUACAUGGACAGAAAAAGCACACAGGCCCCGGGGAAUGCAGAUCCCAAGGGUUCCUCUCCUGUCCUUGCCGGGGAGGGGGUGAAGGACAAAACAAUGAGCAAGUGCCUGCAGCGCCCGACGGCCCCCACGGCACGGUGAGAACCAAAGGAAAGCGGCACGGGAAUUGUAGGGACAGCCCGGCUCCGGGGUCGGGAAAGGGGGGGGGACAUUGUUACUGUAGCUUUUGAUUUGGAAUUAUUGUUUUGGGAAGUGCUGCAACCCCCAGCACGGACUCGGCUAUAGCACAGCCCCGGGGGAAGGGUCCCCACGGGGCCACUUUUGUCUCUUGUCCCCAUCCCUGGGCUGGGGGUUCCAGGUGUGUGUGGGGGCUCUGUUUGUCUCGACUUUGACACCCUUUUCUCCUUGUAAAUAGGCCAGGCUGGACUGUGGGAGGCGGCUGCCUCGGGCUGGGGUUUGUGGGGGGCUCGGGGAG